GUUAUCAGGAAGCGGAGGCGAACGCCAGCAAAAGGGAGUAAGAAACUCUGAAAAUAGUUAGCAACACGGCACCAGCAAGCAGCAGCCGACGGGCGAGACAGGCUAGAAAGUCAGAAUGGAACAAGUGAUAGGAGCAGAAAUGGAGAGGAGGGAACAGCCGGAUUCUAAUCAUGCGUCGGCGUUUGCAGAAGGUCAACGCUGGGUGGAGGAAGUCACUGGAAAGAAAUUUGGGCAGAAAGAUUUCCGUUCAGCACUGGAGGAUGGAGUCCUGCUGUGCGAGCUGGUUAACAAAAUAAAGCCUGGUGUCAAUAAGAAGAUCAACCGCCUGUCUACACCUAUAGCUGGUUUGGACAACAUUAAUGUUUUCCUGAAGGGCUGUCAGAAAAUUGGCUUGAAAGAAGCACAGCUGUUCCACCCAGGAGACUUGCAGGAUUUAUCCAGUCGCGUCACUGUCAAGCGUGAAGAAACCGAAAGGAGACUAAAAAAUGUUUUGAUUACGAUAUAUUGGCUUGGGAGAAGAGCACAGUCUGACCCUCAUUAUAAUGGACCAUACCUUGACCUGAAUGCGUUUGAGGGGCUGUUAGGACAAACACUGACCAAGGCACUUACAGACUCGGGUAGUCUGAACCGAAGCGGUAGAGACAGCGGGUACUGUGAUAUCUGGUGUGCAGAGCGCCCCGAGCCAGCUUCGCCGCAGUUCACGCACAGAAGAGACGACUCAUUCGAUAGCUUGGACUCCUUUGGGUCAAAGUCAUUCGCAAGCCUUUCUUCAGACAUAACUCUAAAGGGGAGCAGUGAAGGUGGUGGGAGUGAUAUUGAGCCAGACAAUCUGAGCAGCAAGGCAAUGGAAGGUCCAAAGGACGACAUGAUGCUUCGUAGGGUCUCCACCUCUGAGUUCAAGCCUGUCGUUCCCUUCAACCAGUUUCUGCCGACUAAAAGCAAGCCUGCAACCUAUGUGCCAGCUCCAUUGAGGAAAAAGCGCGCAGAAAAAAAUGAGGAGAAUAGACGAAGUUGGGCAAGCCCGAUGUUUACUGAGCCUGAUGGAUCUUUAACAAGCCUCAAUAGAAAAGAACCAAUCACAAAAGAAGAAAAUGUUGCUGGUAGCAAAGCUUCAGAAGGCACUUCCACCAGAGGUGAGAAUGGAACUCCUCGGGAUUUAGGGCUUGUUUGCCCUGCAUCUGAUUCUGGUUCAGAUAGCGAGGGAAGGGAGCCUGAUCCUGUGGUGGACGACUUGGCGCUUCGGAAAUUUGGUUACUCUAUCAGUUCUACAAGGAAUAAACUUUGCGGACUUGAUAAAGACCUACCUCCGCAGACCCAGCAAGCUGCUUCCUUGUCCAGUCAUGUCACACACUUAAUGCACGAUGAUGACAAAUGCAGCAGCAACCAGAGGCUACAGACUGGAGGGUCUACUGCAACUUCCCAGUCACUUGGAGACGAGUCCUCUUCAGAGGAAGAAACAGUUGCCACUCCAGACAUUGAAAAGGAUGAUCUGUAUGCUCGUAAACUGAUUGCAGUAGGACGAGGGACAGGUGUAACGCAUGAUAGAUUUCUACCAAAGCAUUGGAGUCCUGAGGGAGCAGAACACUGGAAACACAUACAGUUGGGGUCUCAGAAAAGACCAUGGUAUAAGCAGCUUCAGUACAUCAGAAGGAAGCCAGCUGAGUUUCCAGAGGAGUUAGAGUUCGAUACCAAUCACUGCUCUGUUAUCAAAGCUAGAACUGAGCAGGAUCAUGCAACCUCCUUUGAAAAUUGCUGUAACCGUGAAGGGCAGCUCACUGCGCAAACUGCAAAGUCUCUACCAGCGAUAUCCCAAGAACUGGCAGAAGGUGCCACUCACAACUUAAUUGAACCAAGACUUCUUCAAAAAUCAGCUGGUAAUGAGUCAGGGAGUAAAUCGGUCAAUGAUAUUUCUGCUGAAGAAGGCAAAAUUCCAAAAUCUCUACGAUAUGAAGAACUGCAGAGAAUAAGGAAAACUUUGAAUGAACAGGACCAGCAAUGGCAGACUGACCUGGCAAAGUGGAAGAAUCGUCGUAAAAGUUAUACCUCCGACCUACAGAAGCGGAAGGAAGAGAGAGAAGAGAUUGAGAAAAUGACAUCUGGAGAGAGUGUCAGACCAACAAAGACAUACAGGGAAAUGAGGGAAGAAAGGGAGUUCAGGCAGCAAGGAUCAUUCAGUAGUAACCAAAGGGACUACAGAAAGCUGAACUCCUCUGAUGAGGAAGUGUUUGCUGAAGAAGAUAAACCUCAGCGGCAUUCAUAUGAAAGAAGUCACACUGUGGCAACUGAAAACCCUUUCACCUUCCAGAAACGCGAGCCUAUAUCCUCAGUACGUCCACUCCACGCUCCAAUGAGACGGGCAGAAACAGAAUUGAAAACUACAGUCAACAGUAUGUUGGAAGAGCAAAGCUCUCUUCCCUUGGAUACCCACCAAUCAAUGGAUUACAAAGUCAACCAGCCUCGGGUCUCAAGUUCUCUGCCCAGGAAUUAUCAAAAACCUAAUGUGUCAAGAAUUACUCCUGUGGUUGCCCCGAGACCCUAUGGUACACAAUCUAAUCGACUCUCCUCGCUCACAAGAUCUUACCCUCAGAGGAAUGAGCCAGCGAAAUAUAACGGCGAUGUCAACAGUUCAAAGAGUUUCCAGGCACCCUCUGGCCUUCCCUCCAAGCGGGAAACAGCAGAGACGAGUGAAAGCAGUGGGUCGUCUAAAAAUAAGGCUGAGGGAGCCAUGUGGCUCAACCCUUCCUUGAAAACUGAGGAAGAGAGAUCUGUGGAGGUGACAGUUGCCUCAAAGUCAGAAAAUGAUCUGUUCUCGCAGAGCGAUUUUUCCUCUAAACCAGGAAAUGGAAUAUUUGUCAGGCAAAAUUAUUCCUCAAAACUGGAGAAUGACGACCAAUCACAGGGCAGUUCUGUAGUGAGUAGUAAUGAGGAGGAGGAGGAGGAGGAGGAAGAAGAAGAGGAAGAAGUAAGGACUCCAUCUCUCAGCGAGAACAACUUUCUGCAUGAGUCCAAGCCUGACACAGCUUCCAGCACUACAUCAAUGAAUUCUUUUACAAAAGCUACAAGCCUGCCCACAGAAAUGGUUACCACAGCAGCCAUGCAACAGCGACCAUAUAGUGAAACACGCAUAGUGAUUAAUCAGAAACCCAACAGUAAUCAAGACUUUGGAUUCACGGCUGAUUGGAGCACGACCGGUGUGACUGUCAAGUCCAUUCAAAGAGGAGGACCAGCAGAAUUUUGCAACUUAGAAGUAGGUGAUGAAAUAAGUUCAAUCAAUGGCAAUAAUGUAGCCAACAUGGACCAUCAGGCUUGGGUAGAAGCCGUAGAAGAUGCAAGAGAAACUGGAAAAUUGAACAUGGAAGUUAGGAAGUAUGAAAACAACAGUAUGAGUGCAAUGAAAUUCAACAACUCCAGUGAACCCCCUCGGUGGGAAGACACAAAGAUGUCUAGCAGAAGACAGACCUUCAAUAAACAAUCAGAUUUUACUCGAUCAGAAGAAGACGAGAAGAAAUUAGCGGAAGAUUCAAGGCAAAACGCUUCUGAACCUAUUAGUCUAAAAAACUUCAGGAGGCGAUCCCAGUUUUUUGAACAAGGAGGAUCAGAACCGGCAAUAAAUGAUCUACAAAUUCCAUCAAUUAGUGUUUCAAGUCGUUGGUCCUGGAAUCCUGAGGAGCAACGAAAGCGGCAGGAAUUAUGGCAGAAGGAACAAGAACGCUUGUUGCAGGAACAAUAUCAGCGUGAGCAAGAAAGGCUACAGGAAGAGUGGGAAAAGGCUCGGAGAGAAGCUGAACAAGAAGGUUCCAAGUACUAUGAAGAGGAGCGCAAGAUACUGCAAGAAACAAACACCCCAAGGCCAGCUUUCGGUGCCACGGAUGGGCCCAGUGAAUCCAAUUACAGAUUGACCCCCCGAAAUUGGAAGACAUCUUGGGAUGAUCAGGGCACUGAAAACGAGCUGAGCGAUGAAGAUGAUGGACGCCAAAGUGAAGAUGAUGAUGAGGCAAGGAAUAAGGAAGAAAUUCGGCUACAGGAAGAACAGGCACAGCGGGAAGUGGCAGCUCGCCUUGCACAAGAAAGAAAACUGCAGGAAAUGAGGGAAUGGGAGCGCCAGGAGCAACAACGACUGGAGCUGGAGAGGCAGAAAGAAGAGCUAAGACAGAGGCAACAGGCAGAGGAGCGAGCCCGUCUGGCAGAGGCAGAAAGAGCUAAAGAAUUUCAAUCCCGGUGGUCUAAGUCAAAGUCAACUUCAGAGCUCGAUGAAGUUGUACCUGUGCAAAAGCAUGGUGUAAGUGCGGGAUCACUGGGUGGUGUAGCCCAGUGGCUGUUGGAAGAGGAAAAACUACGCAGGGGUAGUGCCAAAUCACAGGAUGCAUUGCGAGUUGAGUUGGAAGUUCAGAGGAUGCAAAUCCUUAACCAGAUGAAAUCUGCUGACCCAGAGAGAGGUGACUUGAAGAGUAGAGUCCCGGACAACGCGUGGAUUAAGAGCGACGCACAGCCCAAGACCUUGCAACAGAAAGAGCAGCCACUGUCGCAGGCUGAGCUCGAGCGACAGAAAAUCCUGCAGGAGAUGCGCAGGAAGACCCAGCUGUUGAACGACAAUAGCUGGAUCAGGCAGCGUAGUUCCAGUGUUGCGAAUAAGAAUCCGGCCAGUAACUACGGAUCCCUGAGGAGAGGUGAAUCUUUGGAUAAUUUGGAUACCCCAAGGACAAAAACCUGGGGACCAUAUUCUGAGCUGGUGAGUUCCUCAGCAAAGGAGUUGAGCUACCACCCAGUCUCCACUUCAAACCGACCCCUCGUGCGUCCUCAAUCUGCAACACUGCCACCUCCAUCCAGUGGAUCAGUGAGAACAGCAUCAUGGGCGAAAAGUUCUUCUGUUGCCCCAAGUACUCAGUCGCAGACAACUCAGGGUGGCAGGUCAAUAAGUGGAAAGAAGAUCUGUUCAUACUGUGAUAGCACUCUGGGCAAAGGAGCUGCCAUGAUCAUCGAGUCUCUUGGUCUUUGUUAUCAUUUACAUUGUUUUAAGUGCACCUCGUGCAGUGUUGACCUUGGAGGAACAGAAUCCGGGGCAGAAGUUCGAGUACGGAACAACAAUCUCUUUUGCAACUCGUGCUAUGCCCAAUACAAAGCUGGGCAGCUCCUGAACCACUGAGAAGUCUCCAAGCAAUGGAAAGACAAUAGUGUGCGUGGAAAGGAUGAGAAGCUUGGCUUAAUGCUUUAAGAAACCUAACAUAUUCCUCGUGAAUGGACAGAAAAAGCUCUUGAUAAGCAAAGUAUAUAAAAGAGUGCAACUCAUUGAAAUUUAAGAUUAUUGUUUUCAUCACAAUUGGGCUACAAAUGGGAUGACUGCUCAAUUAAACAUAAAUCUUCAAUUUAUGGUGUAAAGAUUCAACCUCUGUAUUGAACUGAAUUUCCAUAUACAGUAUAACAGUGGCUACAAGUUGUUUUCUGUUUCUGAAGUCUGCCUCCACUGACAUUGCUGGAAUACCAAAGUUUGGAAGCAGAGUCACUUUUGUAAUUGAUAUGUAUGUGUAUUAGCACAAACAAUCAAAAAUAAGUUUCUGCCAUUCUUAUUUUCUUAUGAGCAAAGCAUGUACAGUAGUUAAGGGAAUGCAUGGUGUAUUAUACAGAAAAUGUAUUGGUGACAUAACUUUUAUUUAUCGAACUGAUGACCUGUUAGUUUAUGGUGCAAGUAAGGCAACAGCCUCUGUUCAUACUGCUACGUGCCGAGCAGAAUUCUGUGGUUUAUAUACAUAUAUAUUCUACUUAUCAUUUAUGUUCUGAAACUUUUUGAGAGAUCAAUGUAAUAAUUGCAAAACUGCAGUAACUUGGCACAUUUAUCAUUGUUAUUCUGUUGAUGAGGUGACUCUGGGAGAAGUGUGUUAUUUUCUCGAACGAGGGCAGGUUAAAAGAUGGGGCAGGUAUGCAUUUUAAAUGUACGAGCCUCAUUCAGCCCUUGGAGAUCAAGAGCUUUGAUGUGAAAUCAAAACCUAUGAGAUUUAUUCCGGGCUUUUUGGAAUUUAUAGUUAAAAUAUUUUGCAAAAAAAAUCCCUCUGAAAUUGUACAAAAGAAAAAGUCAGUUUGUUUUUGUGUUGAAUGAUGUUUAUAAAUAAAAUGAAUAAAUC